UGGUGGCGGGCGGCCAUUCGGAGGCGGGAGCGGCGGCCGCCGCCAUGGUAAAGCGCAAGAGCUCGGAGGACGCGGAGCGGGAGUGCGGCCGCGGCAUCCCUCUGCCCAUCCAGACCUUCUUGUGGCGGCAGACCAGUGCAUUUCUGAGACCAAAGCUGGGAAAACAGUAUGAAGCCUCCUGUGUGUCCUUUGAGCGCGUAUUGGUGGAAAAUAAGUUACAUGGUCUCUCACCUGCACUUUCUGAAGCCAUCCAGAGCAUUACACGUUGGGAACUCGUACAGGCUGCCCUUCCACAUGUACUCCACUGCACAGCCACACUACUGUCAAACCGAAAUAAGCUUGGCCAUCAAGAUAAGCUUGGUGUUGCAGAGACCAAGCUUCUUCAUACACUGCACUGGAUGCUGUUGGAUGCUCCUUAUGAAUGCAGUAAUGAAACUACAGCUGCAUUCAGUGCUGGAGGAGGUGGAUCCAGUUGGUCUGGGAGCAGCAGUGCUUUUAUUCAUCAAGUGGAGAAUCAAGGAUCUCCAGGCCAGCCGAGGCAGUGCAGUGUAGCAGAGGAUGAAGAGCACCCCAGACCUAAGUUAUUCACAAAUUCAAUGGCCACAGUAGAACUGUUUGUCUUUUUGUUUGCACCUCUUGUCAACAGAAUUAAGGAAUCCGAUCUUACGUUUCGCCUGGCCAGUGGCCUUGUGAUUUGGCAACCUAUGUGGGAGCACAAGCAUCCAGAAGCUCCAGCAUUUACUGCUCUUGUAAAGCCUGUUAGAAAUAUUGUUACAGCUAAGAGAACUUCACCCUUAAACAACAGAGGAGUAUCUUGCGAUUUGGAUAAAGCAGGAACAACAGGUUUUCAGGUGGUUUGUGAAACCACUCAGUUGGAUUCUAUAACUCCAGAAGUCAGAUCGCAGAGCUCUCAACAAAAAAAUUCACCUGAAGCUGCAGCUGCUUCCAAGGACAAAAGAACCUCUGACUCCAGAACUUCAUUAACCUUUCCACUGAGUCAAAAGUCUCGGUAUGCCACCUAUUUUGACAUUGCAGUAUUGCGUUGUCUGCUGCAACCCCACUGGUCUGAAGAAGGUAUCCACUGGGCAUUGAUGUAUUACUUACAAAGACUUCGACAGAUUUUGGAGGAAAAGCCUGAUAGGCCAACUGAACCAGAGAUAAGCCACUUACCCAGACCACGCAGUAGUUCCAUGGUAGCAGCAGCUCCUUCUCUGGUUAACACCCAUAAAACACAGGAUCUUACUUUGAAAUGCAAUGAAGAGGAAAAGUCCCUGAGUUCUGAAACAUUUUCAAAGUUGUCAGUGACAAAUCUGAGAAGACAGGCUGUUCCAGACCUUUCAACUGAUCUAGGAAUGAACAUCUUCAAAAAGUUCAAGAGUCGUAAAGAGGACCGUGAACGCAAAGGCUCUAUCCCAUUCCAUCACCCAGGUAAAAAGAGGCAACGGCGAAUGGGAAUGCCUUUUCUUCUACAUGAAGAUCAUUUAGAUGUAUCACCAACACGAAGCACAUUCUCAUUUGGGAGUUUUUCUGGAACUGGAGAAGAAAGACGUGGUUUGGAUAGAGGAGGCUGGCAAGCUACGAUACUGGGAAAAUUCACCCGACGAGGCAGUUCAGAUACAGCAACAGAAAUGGAAAGCAUGAGUGCUAAGCAUUCUCAUUCUCAUCACACUUUGCUGAGUGAUAUACCUGAUCACUCUAACAGUCAUGGAGAUAACACCAUUAAAGAAGUGAGAUCACAGAUUUCCACAAUCACAGUAGCAACUUUCAACACCACUGUAGCCUCGUUCAACGUGGGAUAUUCUGAUUUCUUCAGUGAACAUAUGCGAAAACUAUAUAACCAAGUGGCUAUACCGGAAUUGCCCCAUGAGCCACUGGCGUGUGCCAACCUGCCCCGCAGUCUGACUGAUUCCUGUAUAAACUAUACUUGCCUCGAGGAAACAGAAAACAUGGAAGGAACUAACAAUUUUAUAAAGAAAAAUGGAAUGCUUGAUCUAACGGUCAUUUUGAAAGCUUUGUUUGUGGUGCUUAACCAUGAUAUCAGUUCUCGGAUAUGUGAUGUUGGCCUAAACAUUAUAGACUGCUUGUUGCAAUUGGAAGUAAUUCAAUUAGUGGAUAAGAAUUACAAAACUGAAGAAAAUAAGGAGAAUAAUAUAGGUGACAAAUGGCAGAAAGAAGCAGUCAAUCAGCGAGGAGCACCAGGAGGAUCAUCCAGUGCAUUUUUAGCUGCACCAGAGGAUGGAGAUGGAAGUGCAGGUGCAAGUGGUGGCGGAGGAGAUGAUGGAGACAAAAAGAGCAAAAGUCAAGAGGAAGAAGAUCUCCCAGGGAGCAUUCAUAAACUUACAUUAACAAUGCUCAUCAAAAUUGUAAAAUCUUUGGGAUGUGCAUAUGGUUGUGGUGAGGGCCACCGUGGUCUGUCAGGAGAUCGCCUCCGCCUUCAAGCUCAGAACUGCCUUACAAGAUUGUACAAACUUAGCAAAGUACAGUUUCGACAAACUCUGCGGGAGUAUGUAAUCAAGGAUUCAUUGAAUAACGUAGUGGAUUUUUUGCAUGCUUUGCUUGGGUUUUGUAUGGAACCAGUUACUGACAACAAAGCUGGGUUUGGAAAUAAUUUUACAACUGGUGACAGUAAAUCAGCUACACGAAAUAUGGAAGCAAUUAUUGUGAGCUGCAUGUUCAAACCUCUGAUCACCCGAUGUGCAUCCACUACACAUGAAUUACACAGUGCUGAGAAUCUGGGUCUUUACUGUGACAUUCGUCAGCUUGUUCAAUUCAUCAAAGAAGCUCAUGGGAAUGUGUUUCGAAGGGUAACACUUAGUGCUCUCCUAGAUAGUGCAGAAAAAGUGACACCUGGUAAGAAAGCUGAAGAAACUGAGGAAAAGAAGGUGUCAGUCAGCAAAAGGGCUGAUGGAGGGUCAACCACUGAGAAAGCACAAGCCUCAGCAGCACCAGAUGAAUGUCGUAGUGUUGUCUCCAGUCGUCCUCCUCAGACCCCAGAGCAUGACGAACAAAUUCCGGGAGCUCUUCUGGGUCGAAAAGACUUCUGGCGCAAAAUGUUUAAAUCACAAAGUGCUGCAAGUGAUACAAGCAGCCAAUCCGAGCAAGAUACUUCUGAAUGCACAACAGCUCAUUCUGGAACCACCACAGACAGGCGCUCACGUUCACGAUCCAGAAGAAUUUCCUUGAGGAAGAAGCUCAAACUUCCCAUAGGUAACUGGUUGAAGCGCUCUUCCUUGUCGGGAUUAACAGAUGGCGUUGAGGACCUUUUGGACAUAAGCUCUGUUGACAGACUAUCCUUUAUACGUCAGAAUUCAAAGGUGAAAUUUAAUAGUGCGGUAAAACUGUCUGAAGGUGAGGGCCUGGAAGAUGGGCGAGAUGAAGAGGAGAACUUCUUCAAGCGACUUGGUAAAUGGCGUUCUGGUCGAAGGAAUCCAUCAAAGCUUCAUCAUCCAGAAGAGAAAGAUGGUUGUCGUAGUUUUGAGGAACACCUUGCAGCUAGUCAGGAAGGAAGCAAAAGUAAAAAUAUCUUGAACCUUGGAGCCAUUAGACAGGGCAUGAAACGAUUCCAAUUUCUUUUAAACUGCUGUGAACCUGGAACAAUCCCUGAUGCUUCAAUACUGGCUGCAGCCCUUGACCUGGAAGCACCAGUUGUAGCAAGGGCAGCACUAUUCCUAGAGUGUGCCCGGUUUGUACAUCGAUGCAACCGUGGAAACUGGCCAGAGUGGAUGAAAGGACACCAUGUCAGUAUAACUAAAAAGGGUUUGUCACGAGGAAGAUCACCCAUUGUUGGAAAUAAGCGUAAUCAGAAAUUACAGUGGAAAGCAGCAAAACUCUUCUGUCAGUGGGGUGAGGCUAUCGGGACCAGACUAAAUGAGCUGUGUCAUACGGAGAGUGAAAGCCCAGCAAACAUACUCGGUUUCAUUUAUGAUGAUGAGACCAAAAGACGUUUGAGGAAAGAAGAUGAAGAAGAAGAUUUCCUUGAUGACAAUACCGUUAAUCCCACCAAGUGUGGCUGUCCAUUUGCACUAAAGAUGGCAGCAUGCCAGCUUCUUCUAGAGAUCACAACAUUCCUUCGAGAAACUUUUCCUUGCUUGCCUCGACCACGUACUGAGCCUCUUGUUGAUUUGGAAAGCUGCAGACUUCGUCUUGAUCCUGAGUUAGAUCGCCAUAGAUAUGAACGUAAAAUCAGUUUUGCAGGAAUUAUUGAUGAUGAGCAAGAUUCAAAGGAUUCACCACACAGCAGCAGCCACACUCUUAAAUCAGACACAGCCUGUGAAGAGAAGAAAGGACCAGUUAGAAAAGCAAGACCUGGAGGUUCCCGUCUACUUCAGAUAAAGGGGGCGCGAAGUUUUCGAAUAAAGAAAGGUGGAUCUUUGUCAAGUAUACGUCGGGCAGGGAGUUUGAAGAGCACAAAACUUUCACGACAAGACUCUGAGUCAGAAAACGAAGAGCUUCUGUUGUCUCAAAGCCAUGACACUGUUACUGAUAUUGGUAGCCCCUGGAGUACUAGUGAACCUAGUAUUGAACCAGAACGAUUGAGCACAGGAGGGACAGAAGAAAAUUACCAUAGAAACAUGACAUGGUUACCGGUUAUGAUAUUGUUAAGCAGCCAACAAAGUUUCAUCUGUUGCCAUAUUGACUACUGCCACCCUUGCUGCUACCAGCAUCACAGCCGAUCUUGUGCUCGACUUGUGAGGGCAAUCAAACUCCUGUACGGAGACACUGUCGAUACAGUCCGCGAUGAUGAUUCUGCAAGUAAAAUAGGAUUGAGGCCCAAGAAAUCCAAAGAGUGCUCUGACAAGUCUUGCCUCCGUACACCUUUGAGAAAAAGGAUACCUGUCACAAGUCUGGAAGGGAAAAAGGAUUCUGGAAUGUUGAAAUAUAUUAGGACUCAGGUCAUGAGUCUGUCUCCAGCCCCACUGUCUUUGUUGAUUAAAGCUGCACCCAUACUGACCGAAGACAUGUAUGGUGACAUCCAGCCUGCAGCUUGGGAGCUUCUACUCAGUGUGGAUGAACACAUGGCUGCUGCAGCUGCUGCCAUGUUUCUGCUGUGUGCGGUAAAAGUUCCUGAUGCUGUAUCUGAUAUGGUAAUGUCUGAAUUUCACCAUCCAGAAGCAGUACAACGAAUCAAUGCUAUUGUGAAAUUUAACACGCUCUGGAGAUUCAGGUACCAGGUUUGGCCACGCAUGGAAGAAGGUGCACAACAGAUCUUUAAGAUUCCACCUCCAAGCAUAAACUUCACAUUACCUUCUCCAAUUUUGGGCAUGCCAUCUGUACCAAUGUUUGAUCCCCCUUGGGUUCCCCAGAGUACAGGACGUGUACAGGACCCAAUCAGUGAAGAUCAAUCUAAAUCCUUUUCAGCUCGUGCAGUUUCCCGAUCUCAUCAGCGAGCUGAGCAUAUUUUGAAGAACUUGCAGCAGGAAGAGGAGAAGAAGCGACUAGGUAGAGAAGCCAGCCUGAUCACAGCCAUUCCCAUCACACAAGAAGCGUGCUAUGAACCCAUUAACACUCCACCACCUGAACUGGAGGAGGAAGUGGAGGAUGCGACAAACCUAGCUUCCCGUCGGCUGUCAGUUAGUCCAUCCUGCACAUCCAGUACCUCCCAUAGAAAUUACUCAUUCCGCCGUGGCUCUGUGUGGUCAGUACGGUCAGCAGUCAGUGCUGAAGACGAAGAAGAUGCUACAGAAAACACUCCAACACAUCACGUACUGCAGCCUCCCCAAGCUGUAUUUCCUGCGUGCAUUUGUGCCACUGUGCUUCCAAUUGUUCAUCUCAUGGAGGAUGGAGAAGUACGAGAAGAUGGUGUGGCAGUGAGUGCAGUAGCACAACAGGUAUUGUGGAACUGUUUGAUUGAAGACCCUGCACUUGUUUUGCGCCAUUUUCUGGAGAAGCUCACCAUCAGUAACCGUCAGGAUGAACUGAUCUACAUGCUGCGAAAACUUCUGUUGAAUAUCGGAGAUAUGCCUGCUCAGACGUCUCAUAUACUCUUCAACUAUCUGGUUGGCCUGAUUAUGUAUUUUGUGCGCACUCCUUGUGAGUGGGGUAUGGAUGCAAUCUCAGCCACUGUCACCUUUCUAUGGGAGGUUGUGGUUUAUGUAGAAGGACUUUUCUUCAAAGACCUGAAACAGACGAUGAAAAAAGAACAGUGUGAGGUCAAAUUACUCGUCACAGCCUCGAUGCCAGGCACAAAGACUUUGGUUGUCCAUGGACAGAAUGAAUGUGAUAUUCCAACACAACUUCCUGUGCAUGAAGAUACACAAUUUGAAGCUGUUCUAAAGGAAUGUUUGGAAUUUUUUAACAUUCCUGAAGCUCAGUCGAACCAUUACUUUUUGAUGGAUAAACGCUGGAACCUAAUACAUUAUGCUAAAACUUACGUACGAGAUAUUUACCCAUUUCGGCGAUCAGUCUCACCACAGUUGAACCUUGUCCACAUGCCUCCUGCCAAAGGACAAGAACUAAUCCAAAAACAGGUGUUUACACGGAAACUGGAGGAGCUUGGGCGAGUGAUGUUUCUGAUGUCCCUUACUCAACACAUGCCAACUGUACACAAACAAUCCCAUGUAUCCUUGCUUCAAGAAGAUCUCCUCAGAUUACCAUCAUUCCCUCGCAAUGCAGUUGAUGCAGAAUUUUCCUUGUUUGCUGAUCAUCAAGGUAAAGAGCUAUUUGGACUUGAUACUCUUCAUAAGAGUAUGUGGAUCAAGCUAUUAGAAGAAAUGUUUUUGGGAAUGCCUAGUGAAUUUCCAUGGGGCGAUGAGAUCAUGCUAUUCCUAAAUGUAUUUAAUGGGGCUUUAAUUCUUCAUCCAGAAGACAGUGCAUUGCUUCGACAAUACGCUGCUACAGCAAUCAAUACUGCAGUGCACUUCAAUCAUCUAUUUUCACUGAGCGGUUAUCAGUGGAUCCUUCCUUCCAUGCUUCAAGUCUAUGCAGAUUACGAAAGUAAUCCAUUGCUACGCCAAGCAAUUGAGUUUACAUGUCGACAGUUUUAUAUUUUGCAUCGAAAGCCCUUUAUCCUCCAGUUAUUUGCAAGUGUGGCACCAUUGCUGGAAUUCUCAGAUGUAACAAAUAAUGGAUCAUCCAAAGGUGUGUCUUCUCAAUGUCUGUUUGAUCUCUUGGUGUCCUUGGAGAGCGAUACACAAGAUAUAUUGGAUGUACUGGAAUUAGUAAAAGCUGAGAAGCCUCUAAAAUCACUAGAUUUCUGCUAUGGAAAUGAAGAUCUUGCCUUCUCCAUCAGUGAAGCUAUCAAGCUGUGUGUUACUGUAGUUGCAUAUGCUCCAGAAUCACUAAGAAGUCUUCAAAUGCUGAUGGUUCUAGAAGCUCUGGUACCUUGUUACCUGCAGAAACUAAAGAAACAAACCUUUGAAUUGGAGUUGGCGUCUGCAGCACGGGAUGAAAUCACUGCCAUCGCUUCACUUGCCACAUCUAUACAAGCUCUGUUAUACAGUGUUGAAUCUCUCACCCGGCCAAUGACGGCUCCUCAGAUGAGCAGGUCUGACCAGGGACACAGAGGAGCUCCAACAGCCAACCAUGCCAUGUCUGGAGGGGUCAACACAAGAGAUAACCUGCAUUUGUUAGAAGAGGGCCAGAGUCUUCCAACCGAAGAGCUGGAUGAACGUAUAGCAAGAGAGGAAUUCCGCAGACCUCGGGAGUCGCUCUUAAAUAUUUGCACCGAAUUCUUCAAGCACUGUGGUUCCAGGUUGAAAAUUCUGCAGAAUAUGGCUGGAGAGCCGAGGGUCACUGCUUUUGAACUUCUUGAUGUGAAGUCACAUAUGAGGUUGGCAGAAAUAGCACAUUCCCUUCUGAAGCUUGCACCAUAUGACACCCAAACCAUGGAGAGUCAUGGACUUCGAAGAUACAUCAUGGAAAUGCUUCCAAUCACUGAUUGGACUGCAGAAGCUGUGCGGCCAGCUCUCAUUUUAAUCUUAAAACGAUUAGAUCGAAUGUUCAAUAAGAUUCACAAGAUGCCAACCUUACGGCGCCAGGUGGAAUGGGAAGCUGCCAGCAGCUUAAUAGAAGGGAUUUGUUUAACUCUUCAAAGACAGCCAAUCAUUUCAUUCCUACCACAUCUUAGGUCAUUGAUUAAUGUCUGUGUUAAUUUGGUAAUGGGUGUCGUUGGACCAUCAAGUGUUGCUGAUGGUUUACCUCUUCUGCACUUGAGUCCAUACCUUUCUCCUCCACUACCCUUCAGCACAGCUGUCGUUAGGCUUGUUGCUUUACAAAUUCAGGCUUUGAAAGAAGAUUUCCCUUUAAGCCAUGUGAUUUCCCCAUUCACUAAUCAAGAAAGAAGGGAAGGGAUGCUUCUGAACCUUCUAAUACCAUUUGUGCUAACGGUUGGAACUGGAAGCAAAGAUAGCCCUAACUUGGAGCAGCUUGAGGUUUUCCUGCUGUUACAGACUGUAAUCAAUAUCCUUCUCCCACCACGAAUCAUCAGUACCUCCCGGAGCAAAAACUUCAUGCUAGAGAACUCUCCAGCACAUUGUUCAACUCCAGGGGAUACUGGGAAGGACCUGCGACGGGAAGGAUUAACAGAAUCAACAAGCCAGGCAGCUUACUUGGCACUAAAGGUGAUCCUUGUGUGCUUUGAACAUCAUUUGGGCAGUCAGUGGUACAAGCUCAGUUUACAAGUUAAAGAAAUGGCACUACGGAAGGUUGGAGGUCUUGCCAUGUGGGAUUUCAUAGACUUUAUAGUGAGAACAAGAAUCCCAAUCUUUAUUCUUCUGCGUCCUUUUAUCCAGUGCAAGCUGCUAAGUCAACCAGCAGAAAAUCACGAAGAAGUAACUGCUCGGCAUCACAUUAUAGACCAGCUGGAGCGCCGAUUUAUUCCAAGGCCACUCAGCAAGAGCUCACUUGUCGCUGAGUUUAACAGUGAAUUAAAAAUCUUGAAGGAAGCAGUACAUAGUGGAUCAGCAUACCAAGGCAAACCUUCCAUCAGCACUGUGGGAACUUCCACAUCAGCUUACCGCUUGAGUCUGGCCACCAUGUCUCGUUCAAACACGGGGACAGGCACUGUGUGGGAGCAGGACAGCCAACCUUCUCAUCAGGCCUCUCAGGACACACUAAGCAGGACUGAUGAGGAGGAUGGUGAAAAUGACACCGUAAGCAUGCCUAGUGUGGUUAGUGAACAAGAAGCAUAUCUGGCCAGCAGUAGUCGAGGACGCCGUCGAUUUUCCAGCCACGUCUCCACCAUGUCUGCUCCUCAGUCUGAUUCAGGAAUUAGAAUUUUGCCCAGCCACAGUGAACCUAAUGUCCUCGAUGAAUCCCAGGGACUGGCUGCUGAGAUUAACCUUUCUAGGGUUUCAAGUGUACAAAGUGAACCUGGUCAGCAGAAUCUUCUUAUCCAACAACCUUUGGGAAGGAAGAGAGGUCUAAGACAGCCUCGUCGUGCUCUCCUCUCGCGUCCCAAGUUACAGACUGAUGUAAGAGGACGACAGGGAGCCCGGUUGUCCACUACCAGACGAGGCAUCCAGCCAAAAGCUAAACCUCUAGAGCAAAAGAGAUCAGUUACCUUCACUGAAAUGGAACAGGAUAGCAUGGCUACUCAGCAACAGGCAACGAUUGCAGAAGGAAAGGAGAGUGCACCAGAGCAAACUGAGGGCAGUGUACUAGGGUAUGCUGCAGCACCAUCGCCAACCACCACUUCAUCUGUUUCAGCAGCACAACUUGCAUGCCCUUCAAAUCAAGAUCCAGGCAUUCUUGACAGCAGCCAGGUGAAGCCAACAUUUUCAGAGAGUGCAUACAAAGAUUAUAACACAGGAAACAUGGUGCUGGAACAGACACAGCUAGCGGAGCAGGUCUCGGUCCCUCACAGUGAAGAUAUUGGAGGUCUUGAAGUAAGCAAUUUACCUGAAUGUGCAGGAACUGCCCUGUAUAUCAGUGAAGAGAAUGGAACAGAAAAUCCUCUCCUUUCGGAUCCAUUGGUUUUGUCACAUGUUGAACCUGGUGAGACUAAUGCAAAUGUGGAUGAAUCCCAUGUUUAAUGUAGUAUUCCCCUGGGACGGAGAGCUUCCUUAUAACUCAAGAUGCAUCAUUUUUUAAGUAAAUGUUACAAUCAGUAAUAUGUUUCAUUUGUUGGCUAGUUGACUAGUUUUGUGUAAACUGUUUUAUUGUCUAGAUCUAUUAAUAAGUGUAUUUAUUCUUGACGUUUCAAGAUAACUGGUCAAAGUCAAAAACGUAGGUGAAAAUAUCAGCUGCCAGAAACCUAACUUGGUGAGUUUCAUUCUCAUGAUUUAUUUGGCAGUUUACAGAAUUUAUUGAUCCAAGGCAACUGUAUAACAAUGUGCCAUCAUAUGAAUAGUGGAAUGAACUAUUCAUUAAAACUCCAAAGCUGGCAGGUCAAUUAUCAGUCCUACAUGUAUUGCUUUGAUGAAGUCUGAUAUAUAGGUCUGUAUGUCUCGAGUCUUGAUGUUCUGUCAUUGUAAAAGAGCAGCUCUGAAAACAUAUUAUUGCCUUAUGAAUGUAUUGUACUACAGAAGUGAACUAGUUUUAUGUCAAUCAGCUUGUAGAGUCAGAUUAUUUAAUAUACAUACAUGCAAUGAAGCCUAAGUUAUUUGUCUCCCUGAUGUGAUAACUUGUCAGAUUUUUUGCUAUCUCAAUCUAAUGCCAGUGACUAACAUAAGCUGUAUUUCUGUUUGUUAUUUGCAUUGUACUUGCUUUCUUUUUCUUCAUUACACUUGAUAAGACCAAAACUUGAAUACUUUUAAUGAUUUGUGAUUAUGGCGGACAUUUCAGUUGCAUAUUUCAGUGUUAAAGGUGACAUACGUGCCUAAAGUAGUAUGGGAGUAUUAAUCAACAAUGAAAUUAUUUAGUUCCAUUAGUCAUUUAAGUGAACUACCUAACCUGUAUAGAGGCAUCAGGUUGUGUAAAUCAUGUACUGAUUUUAGAUUCUAUGACUUAUAAUAUAUCCUUUCCAAAAUGUGAAGGUUAUUGAUUUCAUUAGAAUUGGAGCCAUUUCCCGUGUGGGCCAGCGAGACUUAACAGUAUGUUAUCAGGCAUAUUAUUUGGUACACAGAGUUAAUGAUGGAAUUAAUACGAAUUUGUUAUAUUGCUUGAGAAUCAAAGACUUCUGUCAUUUUGUGCUGAGGUGUAAUUUGCGAGGAUAAGCAACCAAGGUUUGGUUAUUGUUAAACCCAGUGUGACAAAAAUAAGGGGCUCAAUCCCUAUGUUCCUGAGGUGUUGCAUUUGGAAUCAUCUAUAUAUUACAGCACUUAACUUGAUGUUUAUCAUAACCAUAUGGCAAGUCCAAUAGGCAGAGUAGACAGAGACAGGUAGGAAGCAUAAGAGGGCUGGUAGGCUUAGCUGCAUUUAGUUUAAUGCAGGUAAGACAGAUGAGCUGAGAGCGUGGAUCAGUACAUAUUGUGGCAAUCAUGGAAACAUGUUUAAGGAUAGGGCAGGACUGGCAGCUCAGUAUUGGUAUUGAUUUAUUAUUGUCACCUGUACUGAGGUACUGUGAAAAACUUGUCUUGCAUACUUGUAUUUCGGGCUGUAGAAGUUUCAGGCAUGACAGAGGGGUGUACAAAAGGGGAGGGGCUGUUGCACUUCUGGUCAGGGAGAUGAUUGCAACAGUAUCAGGGAGGACAUCCUGGAGGGAUCGGCCAAUGAGGCUAUAUGGGUCGGAUCUAGACAUAAGAUAGGGCGAUCAUUUUGAUGUGGUUGUACUAAAGGGGCACCAGUAAACAGCAGGAAUUAGAAAAGCAGCCAUGUAGGCAAAUUGCAGUUUAAAAAUAAUAGCGUAGCAGUGGGAAAUCUUAACUUUCCCAGUAUUGACUGGGAAUGCCUCAAUGUAAGAGGCUUAAACGGGGUGGAGUUUGUAAAAUGCAUUGAAGAGAGGUUUUUAAAGCAGUAUGUAGAGAGUCCUAUCAGUGAAGGGGCGUUACUAGAUCUUGGGGAAUGAGGAUGGGCAAGUGAUGGAAGUGUCUGUGGAGGAACCCUUUGGAAACUGGAAUCUGAGUUCAGUAAGUUUCAAGGUAGUCAUAGAAAAAGACAAUGUUGAUCCUAGAGUUAGGUGUAGGGGAGCGCUGAUUUCAACAGAGUAAGACAGAACCUGGCAAAAGUAGA